AUGCUGUUCUCGCUGCGGGAGCUGGUCCAGUGGCUGGGCUUCGCCACCUUCGAGCUCUUCCUGCACGUGCUGGCGCUGCUGGUCUUCUCCGUCCUGCUCGUGCUGAAGGCGGACAGCGGCGGCGCGGGGCUCUCCUGGUGGCAGGUUUUCAUCCCCUUCUUCGCGGCCGACGGCCUGAGCACGUACUUCACCACCAUCGUGUCCGUGCGGCUCUUCCAGGACGGGGAGAAGCGCCUGGCCGUCCUCCGCCUCUUCUGGAUCCUCACCCUCCUGAGCCUGAAGUUCGUCUUCGAAAUGCUGUUGUGCCAGAAGCUCGUGGAGCAGAGCCGGGAGCUGUGGUACGGACUCAUCAUGUCCCCCAUCUUCAUCCUGCUCCAGCUCCUCAUGAUCCGAGCCUGCAGAGUGAACUGAAGAGCCGGGGCAGCGGGGAUUUGAACCUGCCCCCCCGUGAGAGGAGCACUGCCCCGCCCCGCAGUAUUAACCCCCAACCGAAGAGUUCAUCGAGCUUCGCCGCUUGGUUUUCGGCAACUUUCUAGUCAUUCUCUUUGGCCAUAUAGGUCUGAGGUGUGAGAAGAAGCUUUUGUACUUGAUUAAAUUAUUACAUAAGGUUGGCCCCGUGUUUUCCCAAAAUAGAUAUUUAUGUUGUGUCCUUCAUCUAAGGUGCAUGUCACACCUUGGUGUUAACGUUCACAAUGUCAUGAAAGGCAAACAUAACCUGCUCAUGUCACUUGUUUUGUAAUAAAAAUGUACAGCUGCUA